UCCCCAGUACACCAAGUCAACAUUGCAAUGGAGGCGACAAAGUGGCUGUUCCAAGUUGUGGACGGUACUAAGCUUCCACUGGGAUUCGAUCCAGACAACUUUCGAUCAUGCCUGAAGUACGAGCCUUCGAAAGAAGACAUUUUUAUCGACACCUUCCCGAAGUGCGGAACUAAUUGGAUCAAGCGCAUCGUUCAGCUCCUACUUGGCAGGGCCUCAUCCCAGGAGAAUGAUUAUGGCCUUUCAACUUCCUUCCUUCAAAUGGUCGGCAAAGAUGUCAUCGCUUCCCUUCCCCGCCCCAGGAUCAUCACCUCCCACCUCGAACACCAACUGCUGCCCCAGCACACUUGUGCGAAGUACAUUUACGUCGUCAGGAACCCCAAAGACUGCUGCACAUCUUACUAUCAUCACACGAAAGCAACCAAAAUCUACAAUUUCGAAAAUGCUACUUUCGACGAGUACGUCCAGAUUUUUAUAAACGGUGGAACGACGUUCGGAGAUUAUUUCAGCCAUCUGACGUCCUGGUACCGUAACAACCACGCUGACAACGUCUUGUGUCUCACCUACGAGGGCAUCACGAGGGAUCACGCUGGGUCAGUGCUGCAAAUCGCCAAGUUCUUGGACCUAGACGACCCCGAACUUCUAAAUCCGGCUUCGAACAAGUUUAAGAGGGUCGUUGACAUGAGCAGUUUGGAAGCAAUGAAGGAGUACUUCAACGUAAACUACAAGAGGGCUUUGGGUGGCAAGCCUCCGGAAAGAUGGACGGCACGGAAGGACUUUCCCCUUAGUAGGGCCCCUCCUCCGCCCAGUGUUCUGGUGCGCAAAGGCGUCGUUGGAGACUGGAGGAACCAUUUCAGCAAAGAGAACUCUCGCAAGAUUGAAGAAGCCUUCGUGCAGAAGUGCGGGCAUGUUGUGAAGCACGAGAUGCUCUGGGAUCCGAAAGAUUGGAUGGAAAAUAUGUGA